UUUUUUAACUUUUUAAAAAUCUCUCUAUAAGCAGAAGUGGAGUAAGUAAACGUUGGGCCUUUGUGGGUCUCUCUCUGCAACGUCGCUGUUUUCAAAUAAUCCUAAAUCAAAUAAAUUCACAAGAAUCUGAUUUUGAACUGAUGAUUGUGUGAUGGUUCUGUUUUUUUUCUCUCUCUCUUUUCCUUUUAGUUCUUGCAAAUUGGAAAAGUAAGAGUCUUUUUACCCGAGAAAAUGAUUUGAAAACCAGGUCCCUAAAGCUAAAGCUAAAAACUAGUACUAGUACUAGCAAAAGCUAAAGUAGUUGUAGAUGCCAAGUUUCGAUUUUUGAGCCUUUUAAGCUUCUUUUUUUUUACUUGAUUUCGUUUUUCUCGUUUGGCUCCUCCUCCUCCUUUAUUCGCCGAGCAAUUUAAUCCGUUUUCCCCGAGGAACUGUUUCGUAAAUUGAUUGCCGACACAAGAAAAAUCUUAGAUUUCUUCGAUCGGCGAUUUCUACAAUUUGUUUUUUUUUUUUUAUAAAAGCUUUGAGCUCUUCCUCCGGGUCAUUUUCGAAAUGGGUCUGUGUUAUUCAGUAGAUCGAACCACUGGGAAGGAACCAGGAGAAACCAGCACCACCGCCUCUGCGACGGAGACGGCUGAUGAGAGGUUAGGCUCCGGACGGUGGCGGCGGCCGAGAGAUUUAAUGGGCGGCGGCGAAAUCGAACAGGUUUUGGGUUGCUUUGUUUCCAAUGGUUCUAGUAAGGUUGCAUGUCUUUACACUCAGCAAGGCAAGAAAGGAACUAACCAAGACGCCAUGCUCGUCUUUGAGAACUUUUGCUCGAGAGAUGAUACAGUGUUUUGUGGUGUGUUCGAUGGACAUGGACCAUUUGGUCAUAUGGUUGCCAAGAAAGUCCGAGAUACAUUGCCCUUCACGCUCUCAACCCAAUUGAAAAUGACCUCAGAAUCGGAACAAAGCGGGUUAGUGAUGAAGGAGAAUGAUUUGCAAAUCAAAGGUACAGAGGAAGAAGAAGAAGUGCAGAAAUCUGAGUCUGUUACUACUAUGGAUGAGCAAUGGUGUGAGCUAAAUCCAAAUGAGAACAAUGAUGAACUUCCCGAGAUGUAUCUGCCUCUUAAACAUGCGUUGCUUAAGUCUUGUCAGCAGAUAGAUAAAGAGCUUAAAAUGCAUCCAACUAUUGAUUGCUUCUGCAGCGGAACAACUUCAGUCACUUUGAUCAAGCAGGGUGAGCAUUUGGUGGUUGGAAAUAUUGGUGACUCGAGAGCCGUUCUUGCCACAAGGGAUGAAGACAAUGCUUUGCUCGCUGUACAGUUAACUGUAGACUUAAAACCGGAUCUGCCUGGUGAAUCAGCGAGAAUCCAGAAAUGUAAAGGAAGAGUCUUUGCAUUGCAAGACGAGCCUGAGGUAGCUCGUGUAUGGUUACCAAACAGUGAUUCACCUGGUUUAGCAAUGGCUCGAGCUUUUGGAGACUUUUGUCUCAAAGACUACGGAUUAAUCUCUGUUCCAGACAUCAACUACCGCCGCCUAAAUGAACAAGACCAAUUCAUUAUUCUUGCUAGCGAUGGGGUAUGGGAUGUGUUGUCAAACAAAGAAGCUGUUGAUAUAGUUGCUUCAGCUCCUAGUAGAAGCACAGCGGCUCGAGCUCUAGUGGACACAGCGGUUCGAUCAUGGAGAAUCAAGUAUCCAACUUCCAAGAACGAUGAUUGUACUGUAGUCUGCCUCUUUCUACAAGAUUCAUCAGUAGCCGUGGAAGUUUCAAGCAAUGUAAUGAAGCAUUUACACAAAGAAGAGCCCGUAGAGAGUGUUAGUAACAGUAUAAGCAAUGAGGAUGACGAGAUUGUCCCCGUUAAAGAAGACAAAAUCCCUGCGAGUUGCGGGGUUGAGUCGAAGAUGAUGACAAUGACACUUGCGGAGUGUAUUUCGGUUGCACAGGAUGAUGAGGAAUGGUCUGCUUUGGAAGGGUUGACGAGAGUGAAUAGUCUCUUGAGCAUUCCAAGGUUCUUCUCUGGUGAGCUUAGAUCAACUAGUUGGAGAAAAUGGUUGUGACUUUUUGACUUGUGGAUUCUAUGUUAAGGCCGACAAAAAAACUUCAUAUCGCGAUGUUCUUUUGUUUCAUAUCCAACUUUUUUUCUUCUUUUGAUGGAUUUUCUUUGCAAAUAUAUAAUGUUCUUUUGUUUCAAUACAUUUCAUACAUGUGA